AUGGUGGCUGGCCGGCCUCCGCCUGGCGGUGCCGGUUCGUCGGGGCCCCUCGGUGGCAGCGGGGGGGGGGAGGGAGGAGUUUCUUCCAUCCGAAUCGCGGGGGGCCCGAUUGUGAGCAACAAGUCGCCGGGGAGCCGCGGCAGCGGCGGCACGGGUAGGCUGUUCGCACGGGAGGGAGGAGGAGGAGCGUCGGCAAGAGAGGGGCAAGGCGGGCUAGGGGCGGUGGCCGGAUGGCAACCGAGCAUGGUGUCCAAGCAUCCGCUCUCGGGCCGCGGUUCGCCAAGAGGGGGAGGCUGCGCCGAGGGCGCCAGCGGGAGCGCGUGGAAGGGCGUCGUUGAUCCCGCGGAUUCGGCUCGUAGCAGUGGUGGCAACGGCAGCUCGGGAAAGGGCAAGAAGGCGCCGCCGCGCGUGGUAGACACGAAGAAGGCAGGCGGCCUGGAGAAGAAGGGCACCGGUUCUGACAGUCCCGCGGCCAGGCAGCCGUCGUCGGGCGCCGCCUCCGUCGCGAAGAAGGCGCCGUCGCCGGUGGACCUACACGAGAAGAGGCUUCUGAUGCUCUGGAAGGACGACGCCGCUCGCAGUCAGAGGACGAGGGAGGAGCAAUUGGUGAAAGUGCGUUUGGCGAGAGAGAAGCUCAAGAAGGACGAGCAGAAGAAAACGAUCGAGAUGCAGAGGCGGAACCUAGAGCUGGAAGAAAUAAAGAAGGCCAAGGCUGCUCAGACGCAGGCACCGACGGCAGCACAGAUCCAUAUCAAGGAAGUGCAGCAGCGGUACCAGCAGGAAGUGGCCAAGCAGCUCGCGUUGCUAAGGAGGAACCAGGUCUCCUAUUGGUCCAACGGGCGGCCCGCCCUCUCGACGAUUAAGCCUUCGGACACGAAGCUGGUCCCGACGCCGAUCGUGCCGCAAGACCUCUACCGCAAGGCCGUCCAGAACAUGCUCACACUGCGAGAGAGCACGACCCCGCCGCUGCCGGCACCGCCGCCGCCGCCGCAGGAGGAGGAAACGGGAGGCAACCCCUCAAACAACGGCAACGACAACAUCAGCGUCCCUAACCCCACGGCCAUCGCCACUGUCACCUCCUACUCCACCGCUAGCUUCACCACCGCCGCCCCGAACCACUUCCCCCGGGACUACCACGACUACUACCAGCUGGGGUCCGCAGGAGCGGAGCAACAACCCCAGCGGUCCCCCUCGGAGGCCUACGUCCCGCCGCCGGUGCUGCCAGUGGGCUUGGUCGCCGGCGGGCUCAUUUCCUGGAAGCAGGAGACGGCCGGGUGUCUGGACGAGGAGUGGCCCAUCUCCAAGUCUGCCGGGGGCGUCGCGUCGAUGAUUCGGCGCGGGAACACGGUCGCCGGCGGCCGUUGGGGCGACAGCGGCGCCUGCGGCGCCGAAGGCGGCGCCGAAGGCGGCGCCGAAGGCGGCGGCGGCGGCGGUGCGAUGAUGGGCAAGGUCGGCGUCCAUUGGGGUGACAACGGGGAGGGCGGCGGGAGGCUGGGCAGCGUCGGGAUGGUGGUGGCGGCGGCGGCGGCGGCAGCGGCAGCGGCAGCGGAAGAGCAGGACCCGCAGCAGCAGCAGCAGCAGCAGCAGCAGCAGCAGCAGCAGCAGCAGGGAAAGAAGAAGCAGCAUGAGGGCGCGGCAGGAGGAGGGACGUUGGACGCGACGACAAGCGGCGCUCCAAGCCAGCGGCAGCUAGAGCGGCAGCGCGCAGCCCGCACCGGCCGCAGUUCGGACCUCAGAAGGGUCUUCCAAGGGCACUCUCAGGCGGAAAUCUUGAGCAGCACCCGAGAGGCUUUGCGGUCCCGCCUUCACUUCUGGGCGAGGGAGAUUCCCAUUUUUGUUGAACAAGGCGGGGAUAUUGAGGCGGGCGUCGGAGAAAUUCCCGUCAACAUGACGGUGAUCAGGGCUACCAUCGGCCCCGGAGAAAGCAGCGCCUGGGCGGGAAAGUCGCUCGACAACUGGAAGGGGCUUGAACCACUCACGGUCGAGCGAGAGGGCGUGCGAGAGCGACUGUUGGGCAGCGGGACGGCGGACGCUCCUUUGGAGCUCGAGGAGGAGGAGGGCCACCUCCUCCGCUCGCCAGGACUUGCGGGCGGUAAGAACGGGAGAGAGAGGCACAGGCUGUACGACCUGAACGGCGCCAUGCCCCCUAAGGAGAGACCGGUCGCUGCCGCCGCGCGUGCCAACGGGGACCGAUUCAAAGAACGUUCAUCCCCCGAUGGGGACCGAUUCGAAGAUCGUUCCUUCCACGCCGACCGAUCCAAAGAACGUUCCUCCCCCGCCGCCGGGAAGGAAGGGUCGAGGAACGAGGGAGAAAACAAGCAGGCCUCUCCUGGUGGAAAGGCCGGCGGUGGCGGUGGCGGUGGCGGGUCGGUGGCGGCGACCAAAGCCGUGGUGGAAGAGAUCGACGUGCUGGUCGCCGAGCGUAUGAGGAGCAUGAGAGCGGUGGACGUGGACCUAGCCGCCGCGGAACGCCCGACCCCCAAGAAGCCGGCAAACACUUGGGUAUCGUCGCGACCACCACCACCGCCACCGAGUGCCGCCGCUUCCAACCACGAGAAGCCGGCCGUCAAGAAGGGCGGCGAUGGUGGCGCAGACAGGCCCAAGAACAAGGAUAGAGGUACGGCUACGGCUUUGGCUACUGCUACGGCUACUCCCACGAAGCGGUACAGGAUCUCGUCCAGCAGUAAUCUCCCGCCGGGCUGGGAAAUCAUUCGCAGCAAGCAGCCUGAGAAGAACAAGGCGUACGCGUGCCGGUGGUACGUCUACAAGUACGGCAAUGGGAGCAACCUGCCGGACUUGAAGUUCAAGAACCUCCGCGACGUGGAAGACUUCGUCCACUCCGACCUUCCAGGGGCUAAGAUCCACCGCAGGGCCCUGGAGAAGAGGAAGCGCCAGACGGAAGCAUCGGUGCACUGUGCCGAGUGGAGGGCGAAGAGGAAGAUGCUGCAGGAGUCGAUGCUGCAGGAGUCGAUGCUGCGGGAGUCGAUGGGGCAGCCUCAAGAGCAGGAGCAGCAGCUGCACGCGAAGGAGAUGUUGUCGCACGUAUCGGGGGGUCCCGUGGAUGGCGGGGGGAGGGACGCCGAAAAGAAGAAGAAGAAGAAGAAGAAAGCAAAAAGGAAGGACAAGGGCAAAGGGAAGGCUCGGGAGGAGGAGGAGCAGGAGGAGGAGGAGGUGACGGUUGUUGACCCCCCCGGGCAGGUGGCCAAGCAGGGGAGGGAGGAAGGUUCUCGGGGGCCUACUGAGGCGCCGGCAGCUGUGGCGCCGGCGGCGAAAGUCGACCACAAGGCUGAGGAAGCCCGCAGGCCAGACAAGCCGGCAGUGCCGGCGGUGACGGUGGACGCAGAGGAGGCUGCUGCCGGUGAUGAGGGUCAGGAGAGCAAGAAGGCGAAGAAGAAGAAAAAGAAAAGGAAGCACGAGAGCAUCGCCAGGAAGCUCCAGGAUUGCCUCGCUCCGGGCCGCAAGGAGGAGGGCUACCACGCCUCCAAAGGCAAGCGCGGUCGGGGCGACGCCAAGCGAGAGGCAAAGCGCGAAGCCAGGCAUGCCGCCGCGGAGGCCUCCAAGCCGGGCUCGCGCGGACACCCGAUCGGCUCCAAGCACAUCGCCGCGGGAGGGGCAGCAUCAUCCGGUGGGGAGGUAGCCGACAACGGCGGCACGAAGCGGGGGGCGCCCGGAGGAGAUGGGUCGCGGAAGAGACGCAAGAAGGGACAGAGCGCCGAAGGGGAACUAGAUGAGGCCGUGCAGAGGGAGAUGGAGGAGAUCGUCGGUGCCUACUCCAACAAGAAGGCCCGCAGGGAGCUCCUCGCGAAGCUCCGAGAGCAGGCGCAGCUUGAGGCCCGUGCCCGGCGGGGGGAGGGGACAGAAGAAGCGGGUUCGGACGGUGACGAACGGAAGGCGAGCGGCGGGGUGGACGGGAAGAGCGGCGACAGCGAGGAGGCUGACGACGUGACGGCCGCGGCGGCGGCAGCGGUGACGGCGGCGCGGAAAGCUCUUAGAGGCGAGCUGUCUCGCGCUGGGAAGCCGGCCAACAGUAGUGCCGCCGAGGUUUACCACGAACGCCACCGGGGGGAUGAGGAGAUGGACGAGAACGAAAAGAAGCAACAUCGGAAGGGAAAGAAGGAGAAAAGAAGGGCCGCCGAGGAGGAAGAGCGCCGCCGUUCUUCUCCGCGCGUUGCCGAGCUAACCUUCCGGGAAGACUCCCACGGUGGAAAUAGCGGCAGCGGCAGCGGCAGCGGCGGCGAUAAAAAGAAAAGGAAGGCGGGUGCUCUCCCCUCUGCCGGAAGCAGCAAGAGGCACUCGGUCGGUAGGGGCAAGAGGGACGACGAUAACCGCCGGCAGUCGAGCAGGGUGGCAUCUGCUGUGGCGACGGCGGCGUUGAGCGGAAGGCUUUACCUGUAGACUUUUUUUCUUUCUACCGGUAUUCAUUUAUUUUUUAUUCGCGUCCGUUUUUACCAUCAUGUUGACUCGCGCGGUGUUUGGGGAAUGGUUGUUUAGACAAUAGUGAGCGGUGCAGGUUGAGCCUUCUCGUGUGAACUCACUGCGCCGAAAAGGAAGACAGCUAUUUUUGUAAGGAACUGGCUGGAGGAGAAGGAGCAGGCGCAUGUUGCUGUGGAUGCCGUUGUACCACUCGGUGACUGCUGCUGGUUGCAGGCCAGCAGGUCGAGGGUGGGUUGUUCUAGUGUUUCCGGGUAUAUACCGUAGGUGACGCAAGAUAUUACACCCCUUGGGCCGAUGUCCAAAGCUUGAUUACUCCACAAUGAAUAGGAAAACGGUAUGUUUUCGGAAAUCUCUCGACGGGACGCCGCCUUUUGCCACUUUGGAGAAAUCGAGCUUUGAAAACUGCUCCAGGCGGUGUGAUGCCUUAUGUUUCCUACGCUAGGCACGUGUGCACGGAGUGCGGCGGAACUUCAUACGGCAGUUGUAUACGUUCACAUUUCGUCUCGUAGACUACAGCAUGGAGUGUACAGCAAGUGUUUAGCGCAAUGGGCUCCCUUGGAGAGGAGGGGUAGGGUUUCAAUUAACACGUGUACAGUGUCUCGACUAAGUAUUUAUUGAUUGUCGUUCCUUUGUCGAAGGCGUCAGGCAGGAAACACCUCGCGCCAGGCCGUGGCCAUUGUCUGCCCCGCCUCUCUGCGAUGCAGUGUUUUCGUUUGUGUUGUGUGCAUGUUGGGGGCUGCUAUUUUUAUGGCCCCGUAUGGCAGAUGGUUCAAUCACGGGACGUUGUUCCGACGGGGUUAUUUUGUUAUUUUGACUUUGCCGACUUUGUUUGCGUGCGAGAUGAGAUACUUGGUGUCCGGCUCACGUUGAAGACGAUGCUGUUUUCGUCCCACCUGCAGCAGUGUUCUGGGCGCCAGUCUACACUCCAUUCUUUGGCACGUGAUGUAGCGCACCAACCAAAUGGGGUAGCACGGGAAUUGUUUUCAUACGGCGGUGGUUGCCUUCAGGUCGCGUGAAGAGGUUGGCGGACCGUUCGAUUGCUAUUUUCACUCGCUUUCUCUCUCUCCUUGCUCUCUCUCCUGAUGGUUCAAGAAGGCUUGUCUAAGCUAAAAGUUUUUUUUAUCGCCGCGGAUGAGUUACACAGUUCGUUCGUACGGGGAUGUCAUGUGUUCGUCGGUAGGGAGGGUGGAUGGGGUUUUACAUUGUACCUGGAACAGUAGGAACUUAGGCUUUAUUUGCGGUGAAUUCGGUCUAAUAUUUCGUUGCCGAUCCACCCGAGUCCAAGUCUUGUGGUUGACCCAGGCAAUGUAAAACUGUUUGACUUUUGAAUGACACGGUGAUAGCUGUAGUUGGUUGUCGUUCUACACGAAAAUCGCUAUGCAGUAGACUAUGUAUUGCUCGCGUUUAUUUUGAAGGUUUGUUGUGCAACAUGGAGGCAAUGCACAAGGCGAAGUCAUGGUGGUAUGCCGGUAUUUGGAUCAACCGACGAGGGCACAUUAACGGAAAGAUGG